AUGAAGAUCGAUUCCUGCUUCCGUAAAUUUUACCAGACGACUACGAGUACCAUCGCUCACAUGCUACACGUAUUGGAUUCACUUCUCCAUGUGACUUCUCCCGAACACUCGCAGACGACACAAAAUGAGCCAACGCAGACGACACUGUCUGAACGCAUGCGUACAACUCCCAAUCAACACAUCAACACUUAUCAGCGAGACGAUAAACUAAGUAAAAUAAAUUCAGUGCGCCAAUUACAACUUGCAAUUGACAAAUUAGAGAAUCAUUCCCAAGAAAACGAGUCUGAGAACUUAGAUUCAAGUACAGUUCUUGUGUAUUUCAAAUGGUAUCUGGAUAAUUUAGAAUACAUAAAAAGACUACUUAAGAUAUUCAUCGACAAUAUUUUCAAUCCGCUUUUGACAGAUAAGCACAAAUUGGAAAAUGGCCUCGUUCUGGAUCUGGGGAUUUGUCAUUCUCUUGCCAAAUACGAAGCGUCGGAAUUGACGUUAGUCAUUGAAGAACUUAAGACCAAUACCAAUCACCUUUUACCGUCUAGAGUGUACAGGAUGAAAGGAACGUGUCAUUGUGAAAACACUGAACAAGCUGAAGAAUCCAUGAACGUUAAACUAGACUCUUUCUUCAUAGAAUCUUUAACAAAGCUCCAAACAGCAUGUACAUUAGCCCGUGGAAUUCUUCACAAGAAACGCAGUAGCACCGACGCAGAUUUACGUACACUGUUUAAAGAGAGUGCAAGGAAGAAGGCUUUGGCGAACGAAAUAAAGGACCUCUCAAAGAGCGUCGCUGAAAACGAGAAGGAUAUAGAAUGUCUGACACAAGACCUACAGAUGUUGUGGGUACGAGAAAAAAGGACCGAUGAGCUAGAAUCGAACAUACUAGAGACACACAGGACAAUAGCUUCCUUGACUAAGACCAUUCAAACGAGAAACCUCGAGGAAAAAAGCUUGAUGAUGGAUUUACAUUUGUUAGAAUCUGAAUCAGCUGAAUAUAAGACAACGCUUGCCGAACUGCAUGCCAUACGGUUGGAGCAACUUACAGUGAAAACACAAAUUCGGACACUAGAAUAUAAACAUAAUUUAUACCAAGAAGAUCUUGCCAUUGAAUAUUCCCUUAAACCAGACAUUGUUAGAUUUUCUGAUAAUGUACAGGACAAAAUUGAAACUUUAGAAAAUAAGACCCAAGAAGCUUCACAGAAAAUGUUUGAACUUGAAACGAUGUUAGGAUUUUGAUCAAAAUGUUUCUUACGGCGAUUAGUUAUCAAUCUUCGCUAUGAUCAAUGUAUGAUGUCUAAGACUUGUACAAUGACAAUUAGCGGGAAAGAAAAGUAUACCUCCCGGAUCCGGAGAACCUAGCAUUCAUAUGUUCUAAAAAGGUAAUAUGUAAAAAGAGUCCCUUGGGGCAAAGUCUAUAUUUGCCCUUAUAUUGAAAAUUGUUCCGUUGUUUCUGCUUGAAUUCAUUUUUUUUCUUAAUUUCAUGUGAAGUAUAAUAGGCUAGAGGAAUUUAACUUUGCCUAUAAGUGGCACUUAUUCGUGGUAAAAUACUUCGAUAUCUCU